AUGGGCCUUAAAGGUCUCCAUCUGCUGUCUCUUCUGCUGCUGUCCCAAGGAAUUCAACUUGCUAAAGGAAGUUGUGGCAGUGGGGAGUUUCAGUGCACUAGUGGACAAUGCAUCAACAUAGCUUGGAGGUGUGAUGGGACUAACGACUGCACAGAUAACUCAGAUGAGCGGAACUGUCCACCUCCAUCAUGCACCUCGCAGGAAUUUAAGUGUGUGACAAGCGGUGAAUGCAUCUCUUCGGGGUUUGUCUGCGAUGGAGAUGAAGAUUGCGUCGAUGGCUCAGAUGAACAGAGAACCUGUGGUGGACGGACCUGCAGCCCAGACCAGUUCACCUGCAAGGAGGGCCAGUGUAUCCCCGCCAAAUACAAAUGUGACUAUGUAAAGGACUGCGUGGACAACUGGGAUGAGAACGACUGCAACUAUCCACGUUGCACUGAGAAGACGUGUGCUAAUGGAGCCUGUUACAACAACUCUCAGCACUGCAAUGGGCUGCAGGACUGCAGAGAUGGCUCUGAUGAAUACAACUGCACCACACAGCACUGUCCCAUCCACCAGUACCAGUGUGCCAAUGGCUACUGUAUCCCUCGUCCCUUUGUGUGUGACCACUGGAAUGACUGUGGGGACAACAGUGAUGAGCAAGGCUGUGUGUACCCGAGCUGUAGUGGCGGUGAGUUCACAUGUUCCAGUGGCCGUUGUAUUCCUCAGCGCUGGGUGUGUGACCAGUUCAAUGACUGUGGGGACUACAGUGAUGAGAGAGGAUGUGAUAGUAACUCUCGAGACUGUUACCCUGGUGAGUGGGGAUGCCCAGGCUCGCCAGUAUGUAUACCAUUGGGCAAAGUGUGUGACAGCAAACAGGACUGUCCUGGAGGAACAGAUGAGACCAACUCCACAGCACAGCAAACCUGCAGCCUGGAGCGGUGCUCCACCUUGAGUUGUGAGUACCUCUGCCACCCGUCUCCUCAGGGAGGUACUUGCUACUGCCCUGAUGGUUUCACUGUAGCCAAUGACAGCCGUUCCUGUGUAGACUAUAAUGACUGUCAAAUCUGGGGGAUCUGUGACCAGCUGUGUGAAGAUCGUCCGGGUACACACCACUGUAGCUGCGCUGAUGGAUACUUCUUGGAAAAGGGUCAUGUCUGCAAAGCCAAUGUGUCAGCUGGAUUGCCACAGCUCAUUUUCACCAAUGGGGGUGAUGUGAUGAUGGCUGAUAUACACGGACGCUUUGUCAGAACUCUGGUGCCGUCCCAGGGCAAAGGUUACGCCGUAGGGGUGGCAUAUCACUGGCACAGCGACACAGUCUUCUGGAGUGAUACAUAUACCAAAAAGGUGUAUUCUGCCAACUACAAUGGGGGUAACAUUAAGGAGAUUCUGACUGCUGCAGUCCAGAGUGUCCAGAACCUCGCUGUGGACUGGAUCAACUUCAAACUCUACGUCUUAGAGGCCAUGAUGGAGCGUAUCGACAUGUGCGACUUUGAUGGAGGGAAUCGGGUCACACUGGUGGCUGAAAACCUGCAGACUCCUCAUGGCCUUGUCCUGGACCCGACAGUAGGCUACAUGUUCUUCACAGACAUGGGUGUUGGUAGUGAGCAGAUGAAGCUUGAACGUGCCUUCAUGGAUGGCAGUAAUCGAGUAGAGCUGGUGAAGAGCAGACUCGGCACUCCAACGGGAAUUACCCUCGAUAUCGUCACCCAGAGGGUCUACUGGUCUGACAGCCACUUUGACACGGUGGAGACUGUCACCUACAGCGGUUUGGACAGGAAAAUAGUGCUCAACGGUGGAUUGCAGGCUCCACAUCCUUUUGGAAUUGCUGUGUUUGAAAACCACGUGUUCUUCACUGACUGGACCAAGAUGGGUGUGGUGAGAGCCAACCGGUUCAACGGCAGCAACCCAGCACUCCUCUAUCGUACCACAAAGCGACCGGGCCAUGUUGUAGUCUCACACGCUGCCCUGCAAUCUGUUGUGAUGAACCCUUGCGGCAGACACAACGGCGGCUGCCACCAGAUUUGUGUGUUGAGUCACCGCACCGACAAUGGCGGUCUGGGCUUCCGCUGCAAGUGUCGCCAUGGUUACGACCUGCACGCUGACCGUCGGACCUGCUUUAAGGUGAAGGACUACCUGUUGCUGGCCACCUCUCUGGGAGUGCGGGGAAUCCCACUGAAUUUAUCCCUCCAGGAGGACAUCACCCUGCCCCUCACGGGGCUCGGGACGACUUUCUCUGGCUCUGCUGUGGAGUUUGACGGCAGCGAAGAAGCCCUUUUCUACAACGACAGGUCCAGAGGCCUCGUCUAUAAGUCCAAUCUCAAUGGCACUGUCCAGCAGAUUUUGACAGGCAAGAGAGUAGGAACGAUUGAUGCCAUGGCUUACGACUGGACCUCCAAAGUCUUGUUUUGGACCACAAGCACCUACAAGUCAGUGGUGGCCUUCAGAGUCACAGACAAGUCCAGACGAGACAUUGUGACGGGAUUAAGGAACCCAAAAGGAAUUGCAGUGCAUCCCAGUGCUGGCUACUUGUUUUGGUCUGACUGGUACCGUCCAGCGGUCAUAAUGAGAGCCUUCACUGAUGGCAGCAAUGCUGUUCCUCUGGUCAACACGACACUAGGAUGGCCAUAUGGACUUUCUGUUGACUAUGUGAUGGACAGGCUGUACUGGGUGGAUUCCCAGUUGGACCAGAUUGGUCACAUUGGCAUCCAAGGAUAUGACAGAGAGACAUUUACCAACAUUGGCCAGAUCACUCAACCCUACUCUCUAACUAUUUAUUCAGACUACCUGUACGUGGCUGAUACAAGGACCAGAGCAGUGUUCGAGAUGAGGAAGAGGGAUGGAGGAGGAAACAUUAUGAUCAGACAAGGAAUCACCGGCAUCAUGAACGUCAAGGCCUACACAGCUGACUUCCUCAGCACGUUCACCAGCCGCUGCAAUAUGGUGGCCAACGGGCUCUGCAGCCACUUCUGUUUCCCGACUCCCGCCUACAGUCGAGUGUGUGGCUGUCCGUACGGCAUGAAACUUCAGCCCAAUCAGAGGGACUGCAUCAAGGACGAUUCUAUCCCCCCGCCUGAAAACAUCUGUGGUGAUUACUCCUUUGAGUGUGAUGAAGGACGCUGUAGGCCCAACUCCUACCGUUGUGAUGGAAUUGCUGAUUGCGUAGAUAAGAGUGAUGAGGCCAACUGCACUGAUACAGGAGCGACCUGCUCUCCACGAGCGUUCACCUGCAACAACAAGCACUGCAUCAUGUCCAGUUGGCGCUGCGAUGGCAUGGACGACUGCGGCGACGGUUCUGACGAAAUGAACUGUCCCACUCGUCUCCCCACCACCUGUGCCGCCAACUACUUUACAUGUGAUAACAACAGGUGCAUCUCUAAAGUAUGGGUGUGUGACGGUGACAACGACUGCGGCGACGGCUCUGAUGAACACAACUGCAAUUCAACCAUCACUACGUGCCCUCCUGCCUACUUCCUGUGUCCCGACCACCGCUGCAUCCACAACUCCUACGUGUGUGAUGGAGACCAGGACUGCCUGGAUGCCUCUGAUGAGAAAAACUGCGAGUUUGCCUGUGCCUCCUAUGAGUUUGCCUGUGCCAGUGGGGAUCAGUGUGUCAACUCGAGAUAUCGCUGUGAUGGAGUGUUUGACUGCAGGGAUCAUUCUGAUGAACGAGACUGUCCCACUCGAGGUCCAGGCCUCUGCCACAAUGACGAGUUCCAGUGCCAGACCGACGGUUUCUGCAUACCAGACGAGUGGGAGUGUGACGGCCAUCCAGACUGUGAGGACGGAUCCGAUGAACACAACUCCUGCCCGCCUAUCACCUGCAGAUCCAACUAUUUCCAGUGCGCCAACAAAAUGUGCAUCCCGAGAAGCUGGCUGUGUGACGGCGACAACGACUGCCGUGACAUGAGCGAUGAACAAAACUGCCCCACCCCUCCAUUUCGCUGCCCCUCCGGACAGUGGCAGUGCCCCACCGACCAGCUGUGCAUUGACCUGGACAAGGUGUGCAACGGCGAGAGGGACUGCCCCAGUGGAGCAGAUGAGUCACCUAUCUGCAACCAAGACGACUGUGUUCUGAACAACGGGGGCUGCAGUAACGGCUGUGUCCAAGGACCAUUUGGGGCUCAGUGUACCUGUCCGCCAGGAUUUCAGCUCCUCAACGACUCCAAGACCUGCGAGGACAUCAACGAGUGUCUGAUCCCAGGUUUCUGCAGCCAGCAGUGCUUCAACGAGAGAGGAACGUUCAGGUGCUACUGCUCAUAUGGUUACCUCCUAGAGCCUGAUGGGCGCACCUGCAAAGCUACAGACCCACUAGCAGCUGUACUUCUGGUUGCCAAACGAAGCCAGAUCAUCGCCAACCGGAUCAACAUGAAACCCCCCCAGAUGCGUCCAGUGAUCAGCGGUUCAGGCAUCGUGACCGUGGACUUUGACCGCGUAACUUCCAGAAUCUACUGGGCCGAUGCCUCGCAGAAGAAGAUAUGGAGUGCCUACCAGAAUGGCACCGACAAACGCCAAGUGUUCUCCUCUGGUCUGAUGGUACCAGAGAGUAUAGCUGUGGACUGGGUGGGUCGGAACCUUUAUUGGACCGACUCUGUCAUGGAGAACAUUGAGGUCUCCACUCUGGACGGUCGCUUUCGGAAAGUCCUCCUCAACAAGAAUGUCACCAGCCCCCGCGGACUGGUGUUAGACCCCCGUAACUACACCUACCUGAUGUUCUGGGCAGACUGGGGUCAGAACCCCAGGAUCGAGCGGGCCGAUAUGGACGGAGCCAUGAGACGAGUCAUUGUCAGCACUAAGCUCUACUGGCCCAACGGCCUGGCCCUGGACUACACCACCCGCAGGGUCUACUUUGCUGAUGCCUACCUCAAAUAUAUUGACUACUGCGACUAUGAUGGCAAUAACCGCUAUCAGGUCAUGGCAAGUGACAUGGUUCUCCAGCACCCGCACGGUAUGACCAUCUUUGAGGACAACGUCUACUGGUCGGAGCGCUACACCAGCAAAGUGAUGAGGACCAACAAGUUCCAUGGUGGCAACGUCACCAUUCUGAUGAACAAUGUCUACCAGCCCAUGGGCAUCGUUAUGGACCAUCCCAUCAAACAGCCUGCAGCCAUUGACCCAUGCAGAGAACACCUGUGCGAUCAGCUGUGCCUGCUGACAGGCCUGAGACCCAGGUACUACACCUGCCACUGUCAGUCUGGCUGGAAGCUGAAUGCUGACAAACGCACCUGUAUUAAAGAUGAGACUGCCUUCUUGAUGGUGGUGAGAGAUUCAGUGAUCUUUGGCAUUCCUCUGGACCCCGCUGACCCUUCCAACAAUGCAAUGGCCCCCGUGUCGGGCAUCAGCCAGGGGCGGGACAUCGAAUUCGAUGACCAGCAGCAGUUAAUCUACUGGGUGCAGAGCAUUGGUUCUAUAUGGCAAGUGACAACCAGCGGUACCAACAGAUCUGAGUUUGCUCCAGCUGCUUUCAUGGGCUCGCCGUCUGGUCUGGCUUUUGAUUGGAUAAGCCGAAUAAUGUAUUACACCAAUCCCACUGCUAAAACCAUAGAGGUUAUCCGUGUGGAUGGAGACCAGCACUAUAGGAAGACCCUCAUCACCUCCACUGGUAAACCGGAGGGAGUAGGAGAGCCCAUUGGAAUAGCCCUGGAUCCAGCCCGAGGGAAACUGUUUUGGACAGACAAGGGGUCAGACAGUGUUCCUCCAAAGGUUGGUAGCGCUGACAUGGACGGAGGAAACCUCAGGAACCUCUACACAGCUAACCUGGAGAACAUAGGAUUCAUUGCCGCUGACAUCUCUACAACAAAACUGUACUGGGGUGUGUCGGGCUCAGGGGUGGUAUGUACACUAUGCAUUAACCUCUUCCUUUUUGCUUCCCUGUUUUCCCAGAUUGAGAGUGGCACCAUGGACGGAGUAACCCGGUUCACGGUGAACCAUCUCUACUACACCGACCUGGACUACGAGGUCAUUGAGAGGGUGGACAAGGACACUGGUGCCAAUAUGGUGGUGAUGAGGAGCGGCAUGUCUGGCCUGCGCGCCCUCAAAGUUCACGCCAGAGACAACUCGGCAGGAACCACCAACGCCUGCAGCUCCAACAACGGGGGCUGUCCCCACCUCUGUCUACCCAAACCAGGCAAUCAAAAGACCUGUGCCUGCACCACGGGCUUCAACCCCUCUCAAGACGGCUCCCGCUGUGAACAGUACGAUUCCUUCGCAAUCGUUUCCACCCCCAAGUACAUCCGUGGCUUCCACAUAAACAGCUCCGACCACUCUGAGGCUAUGGUGCCUGUCGCUGGAUCUUCCUACUCCAUUAAGAGCAGUCUGGACCUCCAUAUUGAAUCUGGCUUUGUAUACUGGACUGACAACAGCACCUACAGCUCAUACAGGGGCAUCUUCAGGGCCAGAACAGAUGGAGGGCGUUACAACGUUGUCGUCAACUCAGGCAUUGGAAAAGGAGGAAUCCAGGGCAUCGCUGUGGACUGGGUUGCAAAUAACUUAUACUUCACCAAUGCCUUUGAGAGCGAGACCUUCCUGGAGGUGCUUGCCAUCAACACCACCUACCGAAUGAUUCUCCUCAAGUCCUCCCAGGACCGGCCCCGUGACGUGGCCGUCAGCCCCAAGCUUCGCUACGUCUUCUGGACCGAUGGUGGCCAAACACCCAAAAUUGAGCGGGCCCUGCUGGACGGCACCAACCGCACCGUGUUGGCAUCCGAAAGCCUAGCGUCACCUCGUGGCCUUACCAUUGAUUACACCAACGAUUUCCUGUACUGGACAGAUGAUGUUCUUGAUAUGAUCUCCCGAAUGGCUCCCGAUGGCACACAGAGGCAGAUUAUCCGUUACGGGAGCCGGUAUCCAUCUCCAGCAGGGAUGGCUAUAUUUGGAAACUACAUGCUGUGGGUGGAUAAAAAGCUUGGGAAGCUCUUACAGGCCAGUAAGGACCCAGCCAAUACCGACCAGCCAGAGGUAAUUCGAGACAAUCUUAAUGGGUUGAUUGACGUCACCGUCUUUGACGCUCACGUCCAGCCUACAUCUGCCAACCAGCUGGGCUUCAACCCGUGUCAAGAAGAUAACGGACGCUGCCAGCAGCUCUGCUUCGCCCUGCCAGGCCAGGAGAAACCGAAAUGUGGUUGUGCACACGGGUCACUCCUUAGUAACGGAGUAACAUGUGGUUACGGACAAGACGAGUUUCUAGUUUACACCACAGACUACACGCUGAAUAGCUUGAGGUUAGACCCUGCGGAUCACAGCACCCCUUAUCCAAUGGUGAACUUGGGCUACAACUUGAUGGCUUUAGAUUAUGACUUCAAGGAGAAGCGAAUUUUCUUCACCCAGUAUAUGGGAAUUGGUCGGAGCAGAAUUGGCUACGUCACCACAACAUCAAUCACCAGCCCGCCUGUCAAUAUAGCUACAAAUUUGGAUGACCCAGAGGGAUUGGCGUAUGAUUGGGUCAACAAGCGUCUCUACUUUACUGACUACUAUCGCCGCAAUGUCCAGUCCAUUGGGGUGGAUGGGAUGAACCGCUCAAUCGUCGCUCAUGCAAACCGUCCCAGAGGCAUCAUUGUUGACCCCUGCUAUGGUUACCUGUACUGGACUGACUGGGGCUAUCCAGCUAAGAUUGAGAGGGCCACACUGGGUGGAAACUUCCGGACCUCCAUCAUUAACAGCAGCCUGUCAACGCCCAAUGGCCUGUCUCUGGAUUACGAGGAAAGGAUGCUCUACUGGGCUGAUGCGUCGUUAGAUAAGAUUGAGAGGGCCACUCUGACUGGUGAGAACCGACAAGUGAUCUUGCGUGGGGUCCAGUACCCGUUCGCCAUGACUGUCUUCCAGCAGGACAUCUUCUGGACCGACUGGACCGAGAGAGCCGUCUUUAGGGCUGGGAAGGACGAUGGCUCUGGCUUCGCAGUGCUGGUCCAGGACCUGCAGUACCGACCAAACGACAUCCACGUUUAUGCCGCAUCUAAGCAGGAGAGCUGCUCCAGCUCCUGUCAGCAGUUCAACGGAGGCUGCAGUAAUGUCUGUGUUCCCGGUCCACUGGGCCCAGAGUGCCAGUGUCCUCAUCAGGGGAAGUGGUUCCUGGCCAACAACGGCAAAGACUGUAUCAAAGAUACAGGGAAACGCUGUCAGCCAGAGCAGUUCACCUGCCUCAAUGGCAACUGCAUCUCAGCACGCUGGAAGUGUGACGGCACCAACGACUGCCAGGAUAACUCGGAUGAGCUGGAGAGAGUGUGUGCCUUCCACACCUGCUCAGCUAUGGACUUUACCUGUGACAACGGGCGCUGCGUGCCGCUCGGCUACAUCUGUGACUACACAGACGACUGUGGCGACAACAGUGACGAGCGAAGCUGCCCCUUCCCCACGUGUAACCCCGCUACCGAGUUCACCUGCAGCAACGGACGCUGCAUCAGCGCGGCCUUCGUCUGUGACGGCCACAACGACUGCCGAGACAGCACCACCUCUGACGAAAUCAACUGCCCUGACAGGACGUGUCCUGCGGGCCAGGUCAAGUGUGAGCGCAACAACAUCUGCAUCUACCCUGAAAACCUGUGCGACGGCUACAACAACUGUGGAGACAACAGCGAUGAGAAUCCUCUCUUCUGCGCGGGUCGUACAUGCUCUCCGGAUCAGUUCCGCUGUGACGGAGGGAAGUGUAUCCCCAGCACGUGGGAGUGUGACUCCAUCCGUGACUGCAGUGAUGGGUCAGAUGAACCUCCUUCCUGUGAGGAUCAAAUCAGAACAUGCAGUCCCAGCCAGUUCACCUGUACCAAUGGAAACUGCAUCCCCCAGUCAUUGGUCUGCGAUGGCAACAAUGACUGCUGGGACAGCAGUGACGAAGCUCCUGAGCUACAGUGUGGCCAGCGUACCUGCAGUUCCAGCCAGUUCACCUGUCCAACCUGGAUCCCCGGCUCUCCGCGUUGUGUGCCCUUCAGCUUUGUGUGUGAUGGAGAGAAAGACUGCGCCAACGCCGCUGAUGAGCUCCAUAACUGCCCCAACCGCACCUGCCAUAUGAACGAGUUUGCCUGCUCCAACGGGCUUUGCAUCUUCCUCCCCUUCCACUGUGACCGUGUGAACGACUGCGGGGACGGCAGUGAUGAGUUGGGCUGCUCCUAUGACACAUGUAGCAGCAGCCAGUUCACCUGCGGGAACGGAGCCUGCAUCCCCGCCUACUACACCUGUGACGGGGAGAACGACUGUAUGGACGGCUCAGACGAGGCGGACAGCUUGUGCGUCACGCCCCAGCCCACCUGUUCCCCCCAGCAGUACAUGUGCAAGUCAGGCGAGUGCAUUGACAUCGGUAAGGUGUGCAACGGACAGAAGGACUGCCAGGACAACAGCGACGAAAAAGGCUGUGGAAUCAAUGAGUGCCGCAACCCGUCAGUCCACAAGUGUGCCCAGGUCUGCACCGACACCCUCACCAGUUACUACUGCUCCUGUAACCCCGGCUACCGACUCAUGCCAGAUGGCAAAGCCUGCGAGGACCUCGACGAGUGUUCCAGCACACCCGCUGUCUGCAGCCAGAUCUGCGAGAACAGCGCCGGCUCGUACCACUGCAAAUGUGCCCCGGGGUACAUCCGUGAACCGGACGGACGCACCUGUCGCCAGAACAGUGGCAUUGCCCCAUACCUGUUGUACAGCAAUCGCUACUACAUCCGCAAUUUGACCACUGACGGGUCACGUCUGAGUAUAGUCCUGCAGGGGCUGUCCAACGUGGUGGCGUUAGAUUUUGACGACUCUGAGAAGAGGCUUUAUUGGCUGGAUGCAGGGGCAGGAAAGAUUGAGAGGAUGCGUUUUGACGGGACUGACAGGGAGACACUGGCGGAUGCGGAUGAGGAUAUAUUAGGAGCUGAAGGCCUGGCACUGGACUGGGUGGGCAGGAAGUUGUACUGGGUGGACGGUUACUACGGUUCAGUUCAUGUGAUGGAGCUGGAUGGGCGCUACAAGAAGAGGCUGCUGACAGGAGAGUUCACAGAUGGAAAUACCACUUAUCUUAUCAGCCGACCUCAGGCCGUGGCUGUUAACCCUAAAUAUGGAUGGCUGUACUGGACCGACAUGGGUGACACAGCAUAUAUCGGCAGAGUUGGCAUGGACGGAAGCAAUGUCAGCGCCAUUAUCACAACCAAGCUUGAAUGGCCCAGUGCUCUGACCGUAGACUACACCACCAACAAGAUCUUCUUCGCUGAUUCCCACCUUAACUUUCUGGACUUUGCAGACAUGAACGGCCAGAACCGACACCGGGCCAUGGCUGGUACACUUCCCCAUGUCUUUGCUGCUUCCGUGUUCGAGGACUGGAUUUACUGGACGGACUGGAACACACACACAGUGGAGAAGGCUCACAAGUACACUGGUGAAGAGCGCACAAUCAUGGGCAACAACACGCAUCGGCCACACGACAUUCGCGUCUACCACCCCUAUAAGCAGCCUCGCAGUGAAAACCCCUGCUCCUCCCAUCCCCUGGCCUGCAGCCACUUGUGUCUGAUUGCUCCCGGUGGGCAGCAAGCUUCCUGCCAGUGUCCAGAUCACUUCAUCGGCCUCUCUGUGGGCUUCAAGAUCCAGUGUGUCGCCGACUGCUCCAGCACACAGUUCCGCUGUGGGGACAAUGAGAAGUGUGUUUCUAUAUGGUGGAAGUGUGACGGCCAGUCAGAUUGUGGUGAUGGCUCAGAUGAACCUCAGACCUGCCCGCCCCGUUAUUGCCCCAUUGGCCAGUUCCAGUGUCAAGAUGGCAACUGUACCUACCCCGGCUUCAUCUGCGACGGACACGCAGACUGCCCCGACAGCUCAGACGAGGAUGCGGCACUCUGCAGUGACCACCGAUGCCAGGAAAACCAGUUCCAGUGUCAAAACAAGAAGUGCAUCCCUGUGUCCUGGCACUGUGAUGGAUUUAACGACUGCGCUGACGGCAGCGACGAGGACGCAGAGACUUGUUCCCAGAAGACCUGCCGACCGGGACAGUUCCAGUGUGCCAACGGGCGCUGCCUGCCGUCGAGCUACGUGUGUGAUGCCCAAGACGACUGUGGGGAUGGAUCGGACGAGCCGUAUGACACCUGCAUGGGCCCCGGCUACAAGUGUGAUGACACUGAGUUCUCCUGCAAGACAAACUACCGCUGUAUUCCUCAGUGGGCCCGCUGUGACGGCACCAACGACUGCAUCGACAACAGCGACGAGCAAGGCUGCGAGGAGCUGACCUGUGAUCCUCUGGGUGAUUUCCGAUGUGACAACCACCGCUGUGUCCCCAUCCGCUGGCAGUGUGAUGGCACCAACGACUGUGGUGACGGCUCAGAUGAAAGGAACUGCCAGCCAAGGCCUUGCUCUGAAAGUGAGUUUCGAUGUGACGACGCACAGUGCAUCCCGGGAAACUGGGUGUGUGACCAUGAUAACGACUGCGGGGACAACUCAGACGAACGGGACUGUGAGUUGCAGACGUGUCGUCCAGGUUUUUUCCAGUGCGACUCGGGUCACUGUGUCCCCGCUGCUCUGCAGUGUGACGGCCGGCCUGAUUGUCAGGACCUGACAGAUGAGACCAGCUGUCCUACUCGGUACCCAGGAGGCCGUUGGUGCCCUCAGAGCCUGUUCGAGUGUGCGAACCAUAUCUGUGUGAACCCGGGCUGGGUGUGCGAUGGCAUGGAUGACUGUGGUGACCGCUCUGACGAACAGCUCAGUUUAUGCUUGAACGUCACCUGUGAGAUGCCAUACAGGUUCCGCUGUGCAAACGGCUACUGCCUCUACUCCGGCCUGCUGUGCAACCAGAAGGACGACUGUGGAGAUGGCAGUGACGAAAAGGAAGAACUCUGCCGCGAGCCCACGCUGCCGCCGUGCACACUGGAGGAGUUUAAAUGCACCAACGGACACUGUGUGGCCCUGCCAUACGUAUGUGACCACAACGACAACUGUGGGGACCGCACUGAUGAAUUAGGCUGCAAUUUUGGCAAUGAUCGCAACUGUGAAGAGAAUCUGUGUCAGCACGUGUGCACCAACUUGAACGGCACUGGCUUCAUCUGCUCCUGCAAGCCCGGAUACAGAGUGGACCCAGACAACACCUACACCUGCCUGGACAUCAAUGAGUGUGAGGUGUUCGGCACCUGUCCUCAGGUCUGUAAGAACACCAAGGGCGGCUACGACUGUGAGUGCGCCCCCGGCUACCGGAAAGUGGGCAACGGCAACAUGUGCGAGGCUGCGGGAGCGACUCCCCUGCUGCUUCUACCAGAGAACAUUCGUAUCCGGAGGUUCAACCUGCAGACGGAGGGCUACCACGACUUCCUCCAAGAAGAGGAGCACAUUAUGGCUCUGGACUACGACUGGGACCACAACAACACCGGAUUCAGUAUGGUGUACUUCACUCUAGCCGGUAAAGACUCUGUAGCAGGUGCCAUUAAGAGAGCAUACAUACCUUCAGUGGAUGAAGGCAGUAACAACAUCGGCGCUGCUGUCGACCUCGGCAUCAAAUACAUCACCAAACCAGACGGCAUCGCUGUGGACUGGGUGGGCAGAAACCUUUACUGGGCAGACUCCAAGGUAAAGAGGUUAGAGGUGGCCAUGUUGGACGGACGCUACAGGAAGCAACUAGUCAAGACUGAGCUGGGCCACCCGUCCGCUCUGGCCGUCAACCCACGACUGGGGAUGUUGUACUGGGCAGACCGAGGGGACACAGCCAAGAUCGAGUGCUCUUGGCUGGACGGUCAGGAGAGGAAAGUCCUGGUGGCCGAUGGCCUGGGUUGGCCCACUGGUCUGUCAAUCGACUUCACCAACGAUGACAGAAUCUACUGGUCUGACUCCAAGGAAAGCCGCAUAGAAUCUGUUCUGCCUUCAGGAGACGGCCGUAGAACUGCCGUCUUCAUAGAUGUGAGAAACCCCUUCAGUGUGAGCGUGUUCGAGGACCACGUUUAUUGGAGCACGCAGGAGAAAGGCGAGGUGUUCCGGCAGGACAAGUUUGGCCGCGGAGUCAAGACCAAGCUGCUGACUGCCGGGCCGUGGCUGACCCAGGUCUCUGUAUACCAGCAGCAGAGAUACAACUCCCUACCUAUGAAGAAUCCGUGUAAGGGAACCUGCAGCCACCUGUGUUUGCUCCGGCCGGGAGGUUACACCUGCGCCUGCCCCCAGGGCACCAGCUUCAUCCCCGGCAGUCACACUGAAUGUGAUGCCGUUGGAAUAGCGAUUGGGGUGACAGUAGUGAUUGUGAUUCUGCUGGCUGCUCUGGUCUAUGCUGCCAAGAAGAAGUCCAACGUGCUGGAGAGGGUACGGAGCAACUUGCCCAGUAUGCCCAGUAUGCCCAGUAUGCCAUCCAUGCCCUCAAUGCCGUCCAUGCCCAACCUGCCAACCUUCAGAAAUGGUUCGUCUCCAAAUGCAUCAAAAACAGAGGAGAGUGAAACGAAUUAUGCGGUUCCCAGUAUGUCUGUGUCCAUGGUGGGAACAGACGGGAAGAGUUUUGAGAACCCAGCGUAUGACGUUGGAGAAAAACCUGCUGCCACGACGAGCACGGUGGCAGCCACCUCCGCUCCUGAUGGAACAAACAAGGAGAACAUUAAUAAUCCUUUGUAUAUGGAAGAAGUUAAAGUUGUGGACGAGCCCACAAGAAGUGCAAACAUACCCGCCCCUGUCAACAAGGAGCCUUUUGAGAGCCCAGCACACUCAGACAGAGAAGAUGUUGACGUCACUUCUACACAGCCAGCUGCUUCGAGCCUACAGGUAGCCAUGGAGACAACAUGUUGCACAAUGUUUACUGCUCAAUAUCUGAAAUGA